UUGACAAAUCAAUAUUCGAGCGCGGUGGCUCAGGAGAAGACGUAUUUGACGCUGAUGGCAAUGAGGCAAGGCGAGAAGGAAUCACUACGUAAAUAUAUCGCUCGAUACAAUCAGGCUUGCUUGGAAAUUCCGUCGGCGGUCGAUGAGGUCAAGGCGGGAGGAUUAAUUAGGAGUUUGCGGGCAGGACCAUGCCGGAAUUCUCUGGCUAAGACUCCUGCUCAUACGUAUGAUGAGGUAUUGAGAAGGUGUAGGAAAUACAUUAAUCUCGAGGAGACCGAGGCAGAGUUUGCCAAGCUGGAGGAGUUAGGCCGAGGGGAGUCGAGGAAGGAGAAAUCA